CAGAGAUUUCACCACUGUGUUCACUCCAAAUUAAUGUCUUCUGAGUACCAGAGGAGGACUCACCAUGUGGCUAAAAGGUUUUAUAAGUAACCAUGUCAACAUGAAACUUCUGAAGACCUGUGUCAUCCUUCUCCUUCUGACUGUGUUGUUCUUUGUACUAAGAAACAUGGACCUGCUCGAGCUGAAUUAUAAAGAAAACUCUGCCAUCAUCAACAAGAAAGUGACCUCUACUCAGCCCACUGUUCCUCCCACUGCUCCUCCCACUGCUCCUCCAGUGCCUGACAACUUCUGCACCUUCAAGCCACUGUCUUCUGCAGAUGCUGAGGAGGAACGUCUCAUAUUGCAGUCCAUUGCUUGGCCUGAAACUCCUCCUCUGCCAGCUCCUUUUUCAUUGAAUCAGACAAGUAACGCCGCCCACAGCACCUUCACCAUUCUCCCAGGGGGGGUUGGAGACGAGCGGCAUGUAGGAGACCAGCUGGAAGUUAUGAUAAAAAUGUACGACUUCCAAGGUAACCCCAAGAAGUCUGGAGGAGAUGCAAUUGUUACCCGAUUGCACAACAGGGCACUUGAAGCAGGUGUGGCUGGACGAGUGGUGGAUCUCCUUAAUGGCUCCUACUCUGCUGUAUUCUCUUUACUCUGGGAAGGAAGUGCACAGGUUGAGAUCGAGCCAAAGGCUUCAAGAGCUCCGCCAUUUUCAAGUCAUUUUGGAGAAAGUUCCAUGCGGUGGGAGCAGCAAAACUAAACGCUCUUUUCCCGAGCUCAGUGCAGACACGAGGCACAGACAGUUUAAAGACAUCACAGGAACACAAGGCAUAGUGGCUUCUGGUUCUUUGAAGGUGACGCUUGUCCACUCAAGCAAGGCUAUCACAGUCCUCCGUAGGCUAAACAGAGAACAGCCUGAUAGGACUAUCUUAAAGAGCCUCUUCCGCUCAGGUUCAAUCUCUGAAACUACCAUCUGUAAUAUUUGUCUACGUCAAACCAACCAGCCACAGUGCAACUACACUGACCUCCGUACUGGUGACCCGUGGUUCUGCUAUAAGCCAAAGAAACUGAGCUGUGAUACCAGGAUGAACCACAUGAAUGGAGGAAUGGGUAUAAAACUCAAGGCUAAUGAGGCGAAACUUUUCAAAAGCAAUGUCAACAUGCAAGUCUUCAUUCAGGCUUCAGGACCGGCCAAUGUUACUGUGCUGCCUCAAAGGAAAGAGCAACCCAUGGAUAGUCAAGGCAGUGGGAAGUCUGGACUCUCUGGGUAUUACUACCAGGGUGUGUGGCGAUCACUAGGUGGCACCAAAGUCCACCAAUUCAACAACUCCUCUGCCAUCAGUCAGUGUCUGAAAGGAAAGGUGGUCCACCUGUAUGGAGACUCCACCGUCAGGCAGUGGUUUGAGUACCUUGAUGCUUCACUUCCAGAUGCUAAGGAGAUAAACCGGAAUAAUCCGAAGAGAUUAGGACCUUUCAUGAUAUGGGACAAUGCAAAAAACAUCUUGGUGAAGUUCCGCUUCCACGGUCCUCCUCUUAGUAUUUCCGUCCUUAUCCCAACCAGUGAGCUGCGUUACAUUGCCAAUGAAAUAGAUGAUGUAGUUGGUGGCACCAACACAGUUGUAAUUUUUGGUAUCUGGGCCCACCUCACUCCUUUCCCAAUGCAAUUCUACAUCAGAAGGCUUUACGGCAUCCGCAGGGCGGUGAUUCGUCUGUUAAACAGGGCUCCAGACACGCUGGUGGUCAUCAGGACUCCAAACCUCAGAGGUACAAACCCCUAUAUAUUUGCCUUUAAUGACUGGUAUGCUAUUCAACAGGACAAGGUGGUCAGAGCUGUGUUCAAAGGACUUAAUGUUCAGCUGGUGGAUGCCUGGGAGAUGGUUCUGGCCCACCACCUGCCUCACUACGUUCACCCACCUCCUCCCAUCAUUAAGAAUAUGAUUAACAUUAUAUUGUCCCACAUGUGCCCCCAAUAGUGCAUUUAAUAAUAAUAAUAACUUUAUUUAUAUAGCACGUAUCUAAACAAGGUUACAAAGUGCUUUACAGAACGCAUUCAAUCAAACAUAAUAAAACAUACAUGAAAAGUGCUUCACAAAAGAAUCAGGAUAAAACAUUGGUGAGUUAUAAAAAUGUAUUCAAUUAAUUAAAGCAGGCCAUUAAUUACUGAUCAAUCGUUAAAAAGGCCUUCUUAUAAAAAUGUGUUUGGAGCAAGGAUUUCAAAA